AUGGCCUUGACAUACAAGCAGUCACAACUGGUCAGGGGGACCAUCCCCGCCCUCCGUGAGCACGGAGAGACCAUCACAUCCAUCUUCUAUGCCAACAUGCUGCGCGCUCACCCGGAGCUUCACGACCACUUCAACAAAGUCAAUCAGGCCAACGGUCGUCAACCACGCGCCUUGACGGGCGUUAUCCUCGCUUUUGCUUCCAACCUCAACCACAUCAGCGAGCUCAUUCCCAAGCUCGAGCGCAUGUGCAACAAGCACUGCUCGCUCGGAAUCCAACCCGAACAUUAUGACAUUGUCGGCAAGUACCUCAUUCAGGCCUUCGGUCAAGUCCUCGGCCCAGCCAUGACGCCUGAGAUUCGUGAGGCUUGGACAAAGGCCUACUGGAUUCUUGCCAAGAUGCUCAUCGGCCGUGAGGCCCAAAUGUACCGCGAGUUUGACGACGACAAGUGGAAGGGAUGGCGCAAGUUCCGCAUCGAGCGGAAGGUUGCCGAGACGGACGACAUCUUCUCCUUCUACAUGGUCCCAUUAGACGGCAAGCGUCUCCCAGACUUCUAUCCUGGCCAGUACACCUCCCUCCGCUCGACGAUCCCGGGCCUCGGACACCUGCAGUCCCGCCAGUACUCUCUCAGCGACUCUCCUCGCCCCGACUACUACCGCAUCACCGUUAAGCGUGAUCAAGGUGUCAAGGUCGGCAAGGGCCAGGCCGUCUUCAACCUCAACCCGGGCGUCUUCUCGAACUUUCUCAUCGACGAGAAGAAGCCUGGCGACAUUGUGGAGUUGACACAUCCCACAGGCGACUUCUUCUUCGACACGCACGCUGCCGGAACUCUUCCCGUUGUCCUUAUCUCUGCCGGUGUUGGUGUCACGCCGCUGAUGUCUAUCUGCAACACCAUCAUUGAGCGUCAGGCCGUCCGCCCCAUCUCAUGGAUUCACUGCUCGGCGCGCAACGCCCCCUUUGAGGAGCACAUCCGCAAGAUUGCCUACAGCCGCGCCAACUUCAUCACCAAGUUCUUCCGCUCCCAGAUUGCCGAUGUCGAGGACGACGAUUCACUGUCUUCGUCAAGCGACUUUGGCCUUCGCAUGGACCUUGCUCGGAUAGAUCCUGCAGAGCUCUACCUCGGCCACGGUGGUGCCGAGUACUAUAUUUGCGGUCCCGAGAUAUUCAUGGUUGAGAUGUCUCAAUACCUGCUUGAUCGGGGAGUUGAUCCCGCUAGAGUCAAGUUCGAGAGGUUCACUACCGGCGACUUGGAGAUGAAGCACUAA